AUGACAAACUUACCGUUGUAUCGACUGAUUGUAUUCAAUCUUUUGGAAAUCAAUCUGAGGAGUGCAAUGGUAUUUCAUUGCUGGUCGCCUAGGGAGGCAUAUCCUUUGGCCAAAUUGUUGUCGGAGAACAGUAUUUAUGCGCAAUUCAUUGACCUGCAACAGGACCCCGAGAACCUGGCCAACAUACACAAGGACUACUUGGACAGUGAGUUGCCCAAGUUGGGUGUCUUUUUGGAUUUGGGCUGCGAAAUGGCAGAGUCAGUUACCAACCAGUCCAGUCGAGCUCGUCUUUAUAAUCAAAAUCUUCACUGGCUGCUUUACGACGAGGCUGGUAAUUUGACCAAACUAAGCCAACUUUUCCAGAAUGCCAAUCUCAGUCUGAACGCCGACGUAACCCAUGCCAGUCGCCAGGAAGAGGCCCAGGACACUUUUGUUCUCCGCGAUGUCUACAACAAGGGAAGCCACUUAGGCGGGCAGCUCAAUGUCACCAUCGACCGGAGUCUCCAGUGCAAUCCAAGUCUCUGCCAGGUGAGGGAUUACCUAAGUGAUUUGCACCUGGGCUCUAGACUGCAGCAUCGAACGGAUUUAUCGAACAUUACCUUCCGUUUGGCUGCUUUGGUCUCCGUGUUGCCCAUUAACUCCAGUGAGGAGGCUCUCCUAGAGUUUCUUAACAGCGAUAGAGACUCCCACAUGGACUCCAUUUCCCGUAUUGGCUACAGACUUAUCCUUCACUGUCAGGAGGUCUUGGGAUUCAAAAUGCACUACAUGUGGUGUGGCACUUGGAGUGUCCAGGAUGCCUUUGGUGGAGCCAUUGGAAUGCUUGUCAAUGAAUCCGCUGAAAUUUGUACUACUCCCUUUGUGCCAUCCUGGAAUCGACUCCACUAUGUCCAUCCCAUGACGGAACAGGCUCAGUUCCGAGCCGUCUGCAUGUUUCGGACCCCCCACAAUGCCGGAAUCAAGGCUGCCGUUUUCCUGGAGCCCUUCAUGCCGAGUGUUUGGUUCGCUUUCAUGGGUCUCUUGAUGUUUGCCGGAGUUCUGUUGUGGCUGAUCUUUCGUCUGGAGCGGCAUUGGAUGCAAAGGUGUCUGGAGUUUAUGCCUUCGUUGCUUUCCAGUUGCCUGAUCAGUUUUGGAGCGGCCUGCAUUCAGGGUUCCUAUUUGAUGCCCAAGUCCGCCGGGGGACGAUUAGCCUUCAUAGCUGUGAUGUUGACCUCUUUUCUCAUGUACAACUAUUACACAUCCAUUGUAGUGGCCAUGCUGUUGGGAUCCCCAGUCCGGUCCAAUAUUAAGACUAUCCAGCAAUUGGCGGAUAGCUCCUUGGAUGUGGGCUUCGAUACAGUGCCCUUCACCAAGACUUAUUUAGUGUCUUCACCUCGUCCGGAUAUCCGCAGUCUUUACAAGCAAAAAGUGGAAAGCAAACGGGAUCCGAAUAGUGUGUGGCUUUCUCCGGAGGAGGGUGUCAUUCGGGUGCGGGAUCAGCCAGGAUUUGUCUACACUUCGGAGGCCUCGUUCAUGUACCACUUUGUGGAGAAGCACUAUCUGCCCCGAGAGAUCUCGGAUCUAAAUGAGAUUAAGCUGCGACCCGAAAGCGCCGUCUACGGGAUGAUUCAUCUUAACUCCACCUACAGGCAGCUGCUCACCCAGCUCCAGGUGCGGAUGCUGGAAACGGGAAUCACCUCGAAACACAGUCGCUUCUUCAGCAAGACCAAGCUGCAUACCUUCUCCAAUAGCUUUGUGAUCCAGGUGGGCAUGGAGUAUGCUGCUCCGUUGUUUAUAUCCCUCCUGGUGGCCUAUUUGUUGGCCCUGAUGAUCCUUCUGCUUGAAUUGUCCUGGGCGCGAUGGGGCCGGAGGACAAUCCUCAACCUGAAACUAUAA